AAAGUAUUCAGGUUCGAUCCUCGAUCACGUCCAGGGAGUGCUUCUCAGAUCUCGACCGUUUUGAAGCUGCAGAUCAGCUCGAACGAGAUAUAUAUCCACUUCUAGAUAACUGGAAAGCUACAACUUCUUAGACUACAAACGACUCCGACAUCUUAUUCCUCCAAGGAUUCGAAAUAUUCACCGUCACCCUCCUAGCUGCUGUAGUUUUACAUUCGUGCUGGUGACCUUAUACGAUGGAACAGCUUUUCCCUCCUGUCUUCCUCCUCCGCACCCUCCUUCCCGGCCACAAUCAAUUCGCACCUGGACCACCCGUAGCUCUCUAUGACAAACGUUCUGAUACUAACGACCAAUACAAGAUCCCCACUCCGACUUCUCCGGACCCAGCAAAACCGUAUGUGACGCUGACGUUUGCGCAAAGUCUGGAUGCGAAGAUCGCUGGUGUGGGAGGGAAACAACUGACACUGAGCGGAAAGGACAGUAUGGUUAUGACUCAUUGGAUGAGGACGAUGCAUGAUGCGAUUAUGAUUGGCAUCGGGACUGCACUCAAUGACAACCCUCAACUGAACACACGUCAUCUCCCAGCGUUAUCAGGAAGCAAAUACCACCUCCCCCGACCCAUUAUCCUUGAUUCCAGCCUUCGUUUACCGUUAGACUGCAAGUUAAUACAGAACUACAAGGAAGGACGAGGCAGAAGGCCUUGGGUGAUCGGUCAGGUCUCCGAAAACUCAGAUUGGGUAACCAGAAAACAAGCAUUGGAGGCUGCUGGCGCGCGGGUUAUCGAGGUUAAAGGCGAGAAUGGACGUAUCUCCAUUCCAGUCCUUCUUACAACCCUCCGUACACUGGGUAUUCGCUCACUCAUGGUCGAAGGCGGAGCCCAAGUCAUCCGUUCCUUCUUUGCCGAAGCAAACUCAGUAAACACUAUAAUCGUCACCGUCGCUCCGACAUUUGUAGGGAACGAUGGGGUAGGGUACGGUGACGACCUGGUCUCUACGGCAGGUUGUGCUGUGGUGUAGUUGCCGAAUAUGGAGCCUACCAGGACGGAAUUAUUUGGUAGGGACGCUGUGAUGACCUUGAAGGUUAUACGGUGAAGGGACAUUUUGAAGUGUCGUAAUCUACAAUUGUAUACCAGUCUUUUGACCAAGUGUGAAAACUGCAGCCACUGGGGUGGGCCGGCCAAUGCGCGCUGCAACCUACUCGAAUAGUGACGGAAUCCCGGUCAGGCGGACGUACGUGGAAGUUCCUUGCGACGAUCUUAACGGCAACCUUCACCGUAUUCGAGUAUUGACCGUUUAGUAGUUUACUCAGGAUCUUUUGCGACCGCGUCGAUGCCCUGAAUAUGUCGCAAUGUUCCAGGGGACAUUUCAUGUCGCACUCUAAUUUAUCGUACCUUCCAGAAAACUGCAAAGAGAAAACAGGAUUUUCUGAGAGGUAAACUUGUAGGAAUCUCAAGUGGAAGAGUAUCCAUGC